GAAGAGGCAAGUUCGAAGCGGAUGGAGAACUUUAUCCUGUAUGAAGAGCUUGGGGCAGGCAGUAGCUCUGUUGUCUAUAAAGGAAGAAGGAAGGGCAAUCUAAAUUAUGUGGCCAUCAUCUGCACCAACAAAGUCAAGAGACCUGAGAUCACUAACCAUGUUCGUCUCAGCCAUGACUUGGAUCAUCCAAACAUAGUAUGCUUCUAUGAGUGGUAUGAAACAAGUAACCACCUUUGGUUGGUAAUGGAGCUCUGUACAGGUGGUUCCAUGGAAUCUGUGAUUAGUCAGGAUGGUUGUCUAUCAGAAGAUGUAGUGAGGAGAUUUGGAUGGGACUUGGUCAAAGGACUGAAACACAUCCAUGAAUUAGGAAUCAUUUUCUCAGACUUGACCCCUGCUAAGAUUCUACUGGAUGGUAGUGGCAUCCUGAAGUUUGGUAACUUCUGUCUGUCCAAGGCAGAGGGAGAGACACUGGAGGAUUUCUUUACCCAGAUCUCUACAUCUGAGGAGUCAGGGGAGGGAGAUGGCAAAGAGAACUUUGACAACAUGAGGAAAAGAUUACAAGGUUCUCCAACUUACAGUGCUCCAGAGGUUUUGCAAGGAUCAGAAACCAAUAUAAGCUCUGAUCUCUGGGCUCUAGGGUGUAUACUCUACUACAUGUACACUGGUAAACCUCCAUUCUUUUCUGAUAGCUACACUGAACUGACAGAGAUGAUUUUAUAUCAGGAACCACCACCUCCCAGACAGACAGUGUUUUCAGUCAGUCCUCCCAGUGAUGACUUUCAGAAUCUUCUGAAAGCCUUGCUCAACAAAAACCCAGAUGAGAGGAUGGACUGGCCAGAGUUGCUGGACCACCCUUUCUGGACAUUAAUACUGAUGGAGGAAGAAGAUGUAGAAGACGGAGAAGAAAAGGAUGAAGAGGGAGAUCCAGAGAAAAUUAAUUGUGGUGAGGGAGUUGGUCCAGUUAUCUUGAGACACACAAGGAUUCCUGACCCUUUACGUCCAGCACAGGCAGAUCAGUGUUUGAACAGCCACUCAGCCAUCGCCCAGCCAGCCCAUAGGACUUGUCAGAAACUGAUCUCAUCACAGAGGACAACUGCAACAACAGACAGACGGACUGAUAGCCAACAAGUUGUCAGAUCCACUACCUGUGGAGUUUUAAGGAACAGCCAGGACUUGGACAGGGAGCUGGGAAAGGAGAGAAGAGGGCAGGGGCAGGCAAAAGUAGAAGAUGAACCCAAGUUAACUCGGGCCCAGCAGUUAUGCUAUACACUGCAGCCCCAUAAGUCAUUUAAACUAGAUAACGUAUCAGCGCUCAGGCCAAAGAGUGGUGUGGAUGAGGACAACACUGAGGCCAUUUUUCUGCUCAGCUCCCGUGCCAACUCAAGAAAGAGCUGUAGUAUGUCAGACUCUCCGAACCAGAACAUUGUACCUCAGGCCAGUACUGGUACUGACAUCGCAUCCUGUGUGAAAGCUCUUCUCCAUACUGACUCUGAUCUGACUGUCACCCCAAUCAUGGACAACCCCAAGAUUUUUAAGAGUCCUCCUGUGCGAUUCGAUCCUAAAACCCUUUGUGUACCAGCGCAUUCAGUUGAGAAGCUGCAGUCCCUGGGUGAUGAAGGGUGGGAUGUGUUCCUCUUACAGCUCUGUUCAUCCCUUGAAGAACACAAUCCCUCCACUCCUCUCUCCUCGUCCUCCACUGCUACUGCUCCUCCCUCCACAGCCACUCGCUCCAAACUCAACCUGCUGUGUUACCUCUGCUGUGUGGCUGGACAUAAAGUUAUUGCUAACAGGCUGAUUAACUCAACACUGCUUCCAGUUUUGAUGCAGCAGUUACGACAAGCUCCUAACUGGGAUGUACGGAGCAAGGUUCUCAGAGUGAUGGGUCUACUGGCACUGAACUGUACUGAACUUGGAGAGGACAGUCCUGUUUCUGAGGCUGUGUCCACAUUGACAGACCUAUUGAGGGAUAAUCUGAGAAAUAGUAAAGUAAAGCAGUUCCUGCUGCCACCACUUGGAGAGUUCCUCUACCUCAUUGCAUCUCAGGAAGAGAAGAGAGGCUCCCCAGAGGGACUGUGGUUCGUUCCCGCUGCCGCCUACACUGGCUUAAUGAGGAGCCUGCGGGAAGGGGAUGAUUCCAUAGUUCAUCACAUGGUCGCAAAAAUCGUAGAGAACAUCUCCACCACUGUUUCUGGAUCCUCCCACCACCUGGUUACAGCAGACAUAGGCUCCACCCUGUGGUAUCUGUUCACUCACUCCACUGUGGAGGCUGUCAGAGUCACUGCCAUCUCUUCUCUUUCUAGGCUAACCCGGUUGGUCCCAGCAGUCUUCUUGUCAGUGAUUGACACAUGUGGCCCUGCGGCCGUCUUGGAGGGUGUGGGUGGAGCAGGGGCCAGGGUCCAGCAGCACCUGCUCACAGCUAUGGCCACUGCCUUAGUCACCUCACGCAUCCAAACACACCGUGUCACACAGACAAGGGAUUUGGUGUUGAAGGUGCUGCGCUGUCUAGAGAGUCCAUCCACAGUAACAAGAGCCAAAGCAUUACUACUACUGCUACUACUAAUACAGGACAACUUGCACACACUGCUUUACUGCUGUCAGCACAGACUUGUCAUGUACCUGGAGAGAGACCUGCGCAAAGCCACACCUCUCAGAGAGAACCCCAGGCAAUCAGGAUACCUGUCUCAGUGUCUGGACUUACUGAUUGUAUAUCUGAGCAGCACUGCACCUCUGAUACUGGAGGAUGUCUUGUGUGUGUUGAGAGAUGUGAACGGGAGGAGACACCCUUCUACAGCUCAGAGUAGACAGCUUAAACACACUUUGCCUACCAUGUCUGUAGUGCUGGAACUUCUUUCAUCACAGGUCUUUCGAUCUCAAAUUGUAACUGAGGAGUUUUUGGCUCAAGUUGGAUUGCUGCUUAGCUAUGUCACCUCCAUAGAGUCCAAUGAAACAAAUCUGACCAGUGCUGUGGGUACAGCAGUGUGUGAGGAGUUGAUUAGGACAUCUCUGUCCAUUGUGGAAGUGCUGAGUCAGCACCAUGCUCUCAUCACUCCAUAUCGUAGUGCUGUUGUGGAUGCCAUCCUGCCUCCUCUGACAACACUGGCUUUCAACAGAAAUGUGGAGUGGUCUGUGUUUGUUUUGAGGAUGCUGUCUGAACUCAGUCAGGUCCUGCUGGUCCAAGAUGGUGAUGGUCCUGAUGAAGAUGAGAGGAAAGAGGAAAAGAAAGAGAGACAAGAGGGAGGAGGAAGGGCAGCAGAAGGAAGAGAUGAAGGAAACUCUUCCAGUCAAAUCUUAGCUCUCAUCACUAAAUCUCUGCUUCCAAGGUAUGAGUCUCUUCUUCGCGCAGCAGAGCCUAUCCCACUCUACGCACUCAAACUGCUGGUAUCAAUGACUGAACACAGCACACAGAUCUGCAGGUUGAUCAAAUACAGCAUGAUCCUACCAACAGUUUUUCAGCUCAUCAUGGCUAAUCAUAGUAAUGUUACCAGUGGGAUGGUCCAAAAUGCAGUUGCCUUGCUGUGUAACCUUAGUGGAGACGCAGCCUUGGACCUGGAGCCACUACAUCAGCAAGGCCUAAUAGAGGUGGUUGUGAAAACCCUCUCAGAAGCUGUAACAGUCCAUCUGGAUGGAGAGGGGCAUGCCAUGAGGAAGACCGGCCAUCUUGUCUUACAAGCUCUUCUGGAGCUGCUUCACAACACACUGAAACAAACAUCAGCUGUUGCCCGCUCUGCACUUAAGAGCCAGAGGCUAUCUUGUCCAGCAGUAGAGAUGGAGGCAGCAGAGAAGCUGCUCCUAGCCAACAGACCCCUGAGCCAACUCAGCACACACCUCAUUCACAUGCUGUCCACUGAAAACCAGGAGGUGUGGGAGGAGUCUAUUCAGUGUCUGUCCCUAUUGGUCCAGCUGUAUGGCGGACAGGGCCAUGACUGUCUGUCACCCUCUUGCUUGCAAAGUUUCUCACAUGUGCUGCGUACAUACCGGCAUGCCGAGACCCCCCGAAUACAGCGCACCACCCUUAGGAUCAUCAAACGACUGGUGCAGACUACAGAAAGAUCUGAUUGGUUAGAAUGUCCUGAAGGGGUGGAGCUAGCAAGUCUACUGCAGGAUAUAGCUACGCCCAACAGGUCUCAUGUUGAUGUGGCUCCACUGGCUGCUGAAAUCCUCCAGGAGAUCUCUGGAUCCAUCAGCUAAUCAAAUAAGGUCAUUUGUAACUUCUUACCUACCUGUCUUCAGGUAACCUGUUUCUGAAUAAUCUUAAACUAAAGAAGAUUGCUUUUUGAAAAUGUUGUGAGCUUUGGAAUAAAAUGUCUUAAGACAUUAGUUAUUUAUUUAUUAAAUCUCUGGUCAACCUAGACUUGUUACUCAAACCUGGACGGGAUAUAAACUAAAUGUUUAUGUAGUUCUUGACUGUUUGAAUUCAGAAGUAGUUUUGUUUUUUAUAAUUAAGUUUUGAACCAGUUUUGUGAUGACAGGCUCCUAAAAGGUUUGACACAAGUGAUUAUGACCGUGUGGCAACAGAGCAUUCACUCAUCUCUCUACA